AAAUAAGAAAAAGAUUUAUUGAUGUUCUAACUUCUAGUUUAUGAGGUAAUUACUUGGAAAAAAAAAAGAAGAAGAAGAAAAGAGAAGGAAAAGACGGUUGCCCUAGCCUCCAUCUUUAUCCCCUCCUUCAAUCUUCCUCGCCGGCGACCUCCACAAGCUGCAGUUGACGAGCCUCGGACGGUGACGACCCACACGAACUCACUUUGAUACAAGCAGGCAUCCACGCAUCCUUUUCGGUAAGAGUCGGCUUUCUAAGCGUUGAUGUUUGUUCAACGAAGUGGAUUUUCGAGUUGAUAAUUAUAGUAUUAUCGAUUGAGGUAAGUAGUUUCCACAUUCCUUCCACGAUGUAAAUGUAAAUUCGAACCACCGGUUUCGAAUGCAAAUGUGCCGUCAGAUACCAUUUUGUUCGCUCACGCCACCAUCGUUUCGUUCUUCUAGAGGAGCGAGAAAGAAAAUAACAACGGUGCAACACUAGCCAUUUUAUGUUUUAGUUACUUAAUUCUACACUCACUCGUUUGAUGGAUUUAUAAAAUUAUUCAAUCCAGCAAUAGUUCGGUUUGGGAAUACGCAUAGUCUGUUUUGCAACUAUCCGAUUAAGAGGCUCUGCAGCUUCUUAAAUGGUGGUUUCUUCUAUAAUUGCAUCCGUAGUUGUUUUCAUGUGAUUGACAUUGAUCGAGGUGAAGUUUGAUUCUGGGUACCAUGAUGAGAAUUUGUAGCCAUGGGAGAAGUAAACUUACACUAUGUAGAUUGCUAGCUAGGUUGUACAGUUCUGGUGAACAAACUGAUACGGUGUCGGAUUCAAUCAAAAGUAUCUGUAAAACCAUGAUGACGUGCCAAACGCUGGCACUUGAGACUGCCCUUGACCUAAAUGGGAUUAGGAUUUCACCAGAGAUAGUUGAGGCUGUUCUAAAAAGAUUUGAGAAUGCUGGCAUGUUAGCUUAUAGGUUCUUUGAAUGGGCUUCCAAGCAGCGAAACUAUGUCCAUAGUGUGAGGGCUUACCACUCUAUGAUUGAAUCUUUAGCUAAGAUUAGGCAGUACCAGAUGGUGUGGGAUCUCGUGAAUGUCAUGAGGAAUAAGGAGAUUCUAAAUGUUGAGACCUUUUGUAUUAUCAUGAGAAAGUAUGCUAGAGCUCAGAAAGUAGAGGAAGCAGUUUAUACAUUUAAUGUCAUGGAAAAAUAUAAUAUGAAACCAAAUGUAGCUGCAUUUAAUGGAUUGCUUAGUGCUCUGUGCAAAUCCAAGAAUGUGAGGAAGGCUCAGGAAAUUUUUGACAAUAUGAAGGACCAAUUUGUUCCUGACUCAAAAACUUACAGCAUACUCAUUGAAGGAUGGGGUAGGGCUCCAAAUCUUCCAAAAGCAAGGGAGAUUUAUAGAGAAAUGCUGGAUAGUGGCUGCCUUCCCGACAUAGUAACAUAUAGCAUUAUGGUUGACAUUCUUUGCAAGGCUGGAAGAGUCGACGAAGCAGUUGGGAUUGUAAAAGAAAUGGAUUCUAAUAAUUAUAAACCAUCAUCAUUUGUCUAUAGUGUUUUGGUACAUACGUAUGGCAUUGAAAAUCGAAUUGAGGAUGCAGUCUCUACAUUCUUGGAGAUGGAAAGAAAUGGAGUUAUGGCUGAUGUGGCAGCAUAUAAUGCUUUAAUCACUGCUUUCUGUAAAGCAAACAAGAUUAAGAAUGUCUAUAGGGUGUUGAAGGAUAUGGACUUAAAGGGUGUUAACCCCAAUUCAAGGACUUGCAACAUCAUUAUAAACAGCUUAAUAGGCAGUGGUGAGACAGAUGAGGCAUUUAGGAUCUUUCGUAGAAUGGUCAAAGUGUGCGAACCAGAUGUAGAUUCCUAUACCAUGAUCAUAAAAAUGUUUUGUGGGAGGAAGGAGCUUGAUAUGGCUCUUAAAGUUUGGAAGUAUAUGAAGAAGAAGCAGUUUGUUCCAAGCAUGCACACAUUUUCUGUUCUUAUUAAUGGACUGUGUCAGAUAGGCAAUGCUACACAAGCUUGUGUGUUGAUAGAAGAGAUGAUAGAGAAGGGAAUUCGACCUUCUGGUGUCACAUUCGGAAGGUUGAGACAUUUAUUAAUUAAGGAAGGGAGAGAAGAUGUUCUAAAAUUUCUACAGGAGAAAAUGAAUUUACUAGUCAAGGAGCCAUUAUGUGAUUGAGAAAUCUCGGCUAAAUGAUGCCCUGCUGUUCAAAACUCCUAUCUUUGCUGGAGGGACUAUUCAGAGAUAUGGAGAUGAAGUUUUGGAGGCUAAUUGUUAUCCAGAUUCUGUCUCUUCCUUUCUUCUGUUGCAGUGCUGAAAUGCAAAAGCAGAGAAAGAAAGAGGGUCAGAUAAUUUGAGUUGCCACUUGCUACUACCGAUUUCGAUGGUUAAAGUGUUAGACAAAGUCUCAAGCCAUUUCUCCUAACAAGUGAUUUUCCAGACAAAGCAUCAAGCGAAUUCUCAACAACCACCAAUGACCAGACAGGUCCCAUUGUUUCCAUCAACGCCAACAGGAUAUGUUAAUUGCAGAUCUAAACGAUUUUGCAACAAGUAUACAUACAAGCUGAAACUGGUGAUUUUGUUUUGUAAUAUUUAUUUACAACCAUUUCCAUUGGAGUGAAGGAAAAUGUUUCUCACUCUCUUUCCUCAUUUUGUUCUUGAAAUGGGUGUUGGGUCUGUUUCAUGAAGAAGUCAGUUAAAUGAAAUAAUUUUCAGUACUACUUUAUUUCUAUUUAUAAACUCUUGUUGCAAA